UGGCAUUUUCUUGUGCGCAUUCACUAGUUUCCAACACUAUUUUAGUUGGCGUUCUUCUUUUAAAUGAUUUUCGGCUUGUUUUUGUUUGUUUAUUAAAAAUUAGAAGUGAGAGUACAAGUGUAACAAAGUAAACUAUGCUGCCAUAUCGAAACUAUGGAGAAACAAUCGAUGAAUUCGAAGUACAGCACCUACUGGGCAAAGGUGGCUUCGCUCGUGUUUACAAGGCGAAAUGCCUGCGCUCUCAUCAAGAUGUAGCUAUCAAAAUGAUUGAUAAGAAGCUAAUACAGAGUUCAGGAUUGACGAAUCGCGUGAGACAAGAGGUUGAAAUCCAUUCCCGACUCAAGCAUCCAUCAGUAUUGCAACUCUACACGUUCUUUCAAGAUGCCAACUAUGUGUACUUGGUGCUGGAACUGGCGGACAAUGGGGAACUGCAUCGUUACAUGAACCAGCAAAUGAAACGCCCCUUUACUGAGGAUGAGGCAUCGUCAAUUCUGCGACAGGUGGUAGCUGGUCUGCUUUAUUUACACUCCCACAACAUUAUGCAUCGCGAUAUCUCGUUGUCGAAUCUGCUGCUCAGUAGGGAUAUGCAAGUGAAAAUUGCCGACUUUGGUUUAGCGACGCAAUUGAAACGACCGGAUGAAAGGCAUAUGACGAUGUGUGGAACUCCAAAUUAUAUUUCACCCGAAGUCAUUUCACAUUUGUCACACGGUUUGCCUGCGGAUCUUUGGAGUGUCGGCUGCAUGUUGUACACGUUGCUCGUGGGACGGCCACCUUUUGACACCGAUGCGGUACAGUCCACUCUCAAUAAAGUGGUCCACUCCGACUAUACAAUGCCAACGCAUUUGUCGUAUGAGGCACGCGACCUAAUUGACAAACUGUUAAGAAAGAAUCCACAUGAGCGCAUAUCACUGGAACAAGUGCUCAGACAUCCAUUCAUGCUUAAGUCGGCUGGAAAUCAUGCAGUGACAUAUACAACGCCAGGUGCGUCGGAUGCUUAUAGCCUUGCCAGCGGCGAUAGCGGCAUCGUUACAUUUGCGAGCAAUGAUUCAAAAAACUCUCACCGGCUACGUUCGGUUGAGCAGCAAUCAUCGCAGAAUAUGCUGCCACAGAUUCAGGAGGAAUAUGGAUUCUAUCAGGAAAAGAUUUCAAAACCGGCGUCCUUUGACAGCACAGAUAUGGACUGGCAGAGGCUUGGAAAUGGAGCUCAGAAUGUGCCAUUUGUAGCACACUCCACGCCUGCCGUACCCUCUGCUGGGCGAGAGAACAAGGAACGCAUCUCUGUACCACCUUUAAACACGUUGAGAUUGCAGCCAACGCGUUACAAAACUAAAAAUGCUAUUAUGAGCAUUAUGGCAAAUGGAGAAGUCAUAAUCGAGUUUAUAAAGUCGAAAAGCAAGAUGAAUGAAGACCGCAUUGUCGAUAUCUGUCGCAUUUCCAACGAUGGACGCCGCAUUAUCAUAUAUCAACCGGAUCCUGGGCGAGGGCUGCCUAUACGAGAGCAACCAUCAGCCCAAUAUUUAAGUGGCGAGGAUUGGUCUUAUGAUUAUGAUAAUUUGCCCAACAAGCACUGGAAGAAAUAUGUUUAUGCUGCUCGCUUUGUGGGCUUAGUAAAAAGCAAAACGCCAAAAGUAACAUACUUCAGUGCUUUGGCCAAAUGCCAUUUGAUGGAGAAUCUGGCAGAUUUUGAGAUGAACUAUUAUGCAGGCGCCAAGUUGACAAAGUCCCCGAGCGAAGGCAUCAAGGUCUAUGAUACGCACGGCGUGCUAUUGUCCGAUCAUGCGAGUAACGAAGCAAAAAGCCUCAUUGAACACAGCAACGAGUGCUUCGCCCACUGUCUUAGUAUCUGCAAUGCUUUGGAGCUGGCUCAGACAGGAAAUAAUACGUGUUUUCCAGUUACUAUCGGACGACGGCCGUCAGCGGCUCAGUUACCACCAAAUGAACGUUCAGAUGGACUAAAGGAUACAACAAACUUUGCAUAUUCUACACCCAAAUCACACCAUGGCUCUAUUAACUUCUCGAUAAGCACACUCUCGUCAAUGCGCAGUGGAAGCGAUGUAAUUGGAUCACAGGUGUUAGCUGCCCAACAGAAUGUGCCUAUUAGACGAUUGAAUAUUCCAGGAGUUGGCUCUGCAACUGAGUUGUCUCAUGGUGUUGUUCAAGUGCAAUUCUAUGAUGGAUCGGUGAUCUCUGUAAUACCAGAGGCUCAGGGAGGAGGAGUAACAUACACUCAACCCAGCGGGGUCUCAACCCACUUCCCUGAUCAUGACGACCUACCGUUAGCGGUUAGGGAUCGACUCGCACAACUGCCUCAAGUGCAGAUGAAGCUGAAGUGCGCUCCUUUAAUCGGUAGCAAAAAAUUUGACUGCAAUGCAUUGCCUGCGAAGCCGACGACUUCGACUCCUUGGCACAAUCGCAUGCUAAUAUGAACUAAAUCACAUAUACAAAAAAAUAAUCGUUAAGUAAAAAAGUUCAAUGCAUUUGUAUUAUAUAAUAGUCUCUUGCCUUAUACAAAUAUAUUUUAUACUAACCGUUUAAAUCAAUUUA